AUGAUUGCCAUGAAAAAAAUAAUUUGCGCCAUAAUUCUUUUCUGUCUUUUGAAUACUAGAGAGUUUGACUGUAAACGAACAGAAUAUUUACGAAAUAUUCUACAAGAACUAUUUGAAACAAGAAAAUAUGACAAGAGAAUAAGGCCGGUGCAAGACGUGUCCGAUUCAGUUGUAUUGGAAAUUUCAAUGACGAUUGCAGGGAUUAAUUUCGUCGAUGAGAAGUCCGGGGUGUUUUCCACAACUGGAUUCCUGGAAGUUACAUGGAAGGACCAUUUCCUGAGCUGGCAACCUGAAAUGUUCGGAAACAUAACCAAUUUUACCUUUCCUCAAGGUAAUAUUUGGAUACCUGAUUUGAUUCUCCGAAAUGGUGUUAAGGAAAUAAAACCAAUGGGGGGAGAUUUUUACUACAUUUUGAUGAAUUACACCGGGCAUGUUACGUGGUGGCCGUAUCAAGUUUUCGAAGCUCGCUGUGAAAUCGAUGUUGUAUAUUUUCCUUUCGAUACUCAAACUUGCCAGAUGAUUUUCACCGUCUGGAACCACGACAAAAACAUGGUACAAAUUGGAAAUCGAUCUUAUUUAAGGCUGUUUGAUUAUUAUGAAAACGGGAUAUGGAAAAUAUUUUCCAACAUGAGUUCCUUGGAAUUAGAUGAAUCAGAAAUGUUUGUUAAACUAAUAUUUUCAUUCAAUUUACGAAGAAAAUACGUAUUUUAUUUAUGGAAUUUAAUAAUUCCAUUGCUUUUCUUGGGAAUUAUGAAGGUUUUUGCAUUUUUGAUUCCUGCAGAAAGUGGAGAAAAAGUUUCGUUUACAAUAACGCUCUUUCUUGCAUAUGGUGUGUUUCUUAAUUCGGUAACAUCUUCAUUACCAGAAAAUUCAGAUUCUAUUUCUUUAGUUUGUGUUUACAUGGAAAUAGAACUUUCAUUAGCGGUUCUGACUGUUCUAAUUUCGAGCUUACAGGUGAAAAUCUGCAAUCGGGAUCGACACAUAAGAUUGUCGAGGCAUGACGUUUGGUUAAUUAAACUUUUGAAAAAAGAAUCUUCACAAAAAUUCAUCGAAAGAGAAGACGAUUGCGAGACUGAUUGGACUAUAUUAUCAUCUGCUAUUGAUAAACUUAUGAUAAUUUUUUUGAUUAUUCAAGAGAGCUUAACUUUUUGUAUAUUUUCAAUCGUGAUCUAUACAAACGCUUACAAAUAA